UUUAUUUAUGCUUGUUGUUGAUGUUGGUUGACUUGACUUGUCGACUGAAGUUAUGCUGUUUAUCCAGUGAAAAUUCAUUUUAUUUAACCUAGUGAUUUACUUUAAUUUUUGUUUGGGCUUAUUGUAAACUUAAGUUAAUUAGCAUGGCCCAAAAAAGGAAUGGUAACGUUAAAGUGCUUGUUUGUGGCGAUGUUAAUGGAAAAUUUAAAACGUUGUUCUCCCGAGUUGAAAAAGUCAACAAAAAGAAUGGACCAUUUGAUCUUUUACUAUGUGUUGGUAAUUUCUUUGGUCCAAAUACGUCAGAAGAAGAAUGGAAUCUUUAUAAAACUGGGAAGAAAUCAGUUCCAGUGUAUACAAACAUAUUGGGACCUAACGACGAAGAACAGUUGAGGUUUUACCCUGAAAUAAACGGGAGUGAACUCGCUCCAAAUAUAAGCUAUUUAGGAAGAAGAGGUGUGUUCAGCGUGAGCGAGGGACUGAAGGUGGCGUAUGUGAGCGGUACAGAGGGAGACAGAGACGCUGCUACACGCUUCACAGCUGCGGACGUAGUGAGAGUGCGCGACUCCUGCGUCAAGGGACAGCCGUCAUACAGAGGCGUGGAUGUACUGCUUACGUCUCAGUGGCCCCAGGGUGUCACGCAGCGAGAUGAGAAAACCGAUAUCAGAGUACCAUCUGGCUCGGAGCUAUUGUCUUGGUUGGCCGUACAAAUCAAGCCAAGGUAUCAUUUCGCUGGUUUAGAAGGCAUAUUCUAUGAAAGACCACCUUACAGAAACCUGGACACUGGAUGUGAUAGUGGUUCUCAUCUAACGAGGUUCAUGGCGUUGGCACCAGUGGGCAGUGACGCUCGGUGGCUGUACGCUGCCAGUCUGACGCCCAUUGAGGUUAUGUCACCCAUGGAGCUGCGGCAGCAGACGACGGACCAGACCGAGCUGCCGUACAGUGGCCGUGCGCUUUCUGCUGGUCUCAGUGGUGCCAAUGACUCAGGCACGCAACAGUUCUUCUACGACAUGUCUGCGGCUAAACGCCCACAUGAUCAAGAUGGCAACCACAGGGAGAAACGGGCUAGGCCUACUUUUGACCAAGGAUCGUGUUGGUUCUGCCUCGCCAGUCCACAAGUUGAAAAACACUUAGUGAUCAGUAUUGGAAGAGAGGUGUACCUAGCCCUUGCUAAGGGAGGUCUGGUGGAAGAUCAUCUUCUUAUACUACCAGUGACUCAUCAUCAAGCUGCUGCUCAUCUACCUGAAUCUGUCACUGAGGAGAUUCAACAAUUUCAAGGAGCCCUCAAAAAGUGCUUUGCCAAACAGGGUAAAGUACCUGUGUUUUUCGAAAGGAACUACAAGACCUCGCAUCUCCAAAUACAGGUUGUCCCUGUACCUAAAGAUGUUGUGCCAAAGCUGAAGAUGGUUUUCCAGGAUUGUGCCGAGGCUGAAGGUUUCACUGUGGAUGAGUUGCCGCCUCACGCAAGAAUGGACCAGGUCGUCCAACCUAACACUCCGUACUUCUACGUGGAACUACCCAAUGGCGAGCGUCUCUACCACAGAGUCAGGAAAAACUUCCCACUCCAGUUUGGCAGGGAAGUGUUGGCCAGUUCCGAGCUGCUAGAUAUGGAGGAUCGAGCUGAUUGGAGGAGCUGCACGGCUUCCAAAGAGGAAGAAACCAAAACCGCUCUUGACUUUAGAAAUGUCUUCAAGCCUUUUGACUUCACUUUGUAAAUUUUUAAUUAAUAAGAAUAUUUUUAUCUA